CUAAUCCAGCGGCUGAUAAAAACAGGCAACCAAAAAGUCAACACUUCCAUUUCCAUCCGCGUCCAGCCAAGUAUUCUCUAACUAUCCAUUAACCAAGAUGUGCGACAGCUCGGACGAGGAGUUCCUGGGCACGGACUGGCUGCCAUAUAGCGCACGCUCCGAGUGGGCGGACGUAGAGCCGCUGGCGCAGGAUGACGGUACCAAUCCGGUGGUCUCCAUUGCCUACAGCCAGAUGUUCCGUGAGGUGUUCGACUAUAUGCGUGCGGUGAUUGCGCGUGGCGAGAAGUCGCAGCGCGCUCUGGACCUCACCACCGAUGCACUGCGCCUGAACCCGGCCAAUUACACUGUGUGGCAGUACAGGCGUGAUAUUCUCCGCGAACUGAAGGCCGAUUUAAAUGCUGAGCUGGACUAUCUAAGCGAAGUAAUUGGUCAGAAUGCUAAGAACUAUCAGGUGUGGCACCACCGGCGUGUCAUCGUGGAGAUGCUAAACGAUCCCAGUAACGAGCUGAAGCUCACAGAGAACUCUCUGGUCAAUGAUGGCGAUGCCAAGAAUUACCAUGCCUGGCAGCACCGUCAGUGGGCCAUACGCACCUUCAACCUCUAUGACGACGAGCUGAACUUUGUGGACCGUUUGAUUUGUGAGGAUCAACGCAACAAUUCGGCCUGGAACCAGCGUUUCUUUGUGAUCAAGCAUUUCGGCUUCACGCCUGAUCUAAUCCAGCGGGAGCUCACCUACACGAUGAAUCGGAUUCGCAUUAUCAAGAACAACGAGAGUGCCUGGAACUAUCUGGUCGGUGUGAUGCGGCAGGGAGGCAAAGGCCAAGGACUGAGCAGCUAUCCAGAGGUGGUGGCCUUCGUGGAGGAGAUUUACCAGGCCGGCAAUCGGUCACCCUAUCUGCUGGCCUUCCUUGUCGAUUUGUAUCAGGAGCAGGCACUGCAUCAGAAGGUCGGCGAAAGCGAUCAGUUGGCACGCAAGGUCUACGGCCUCUGCGAGGACAUGGCCACCAAGCAUGAUGUGAUACGUCGUAAGUACUGGCAGUAUGUGGCCACACAUUUAAAGAAUCAGCUGAACAAGGCCGCCGAGCAGCAGGAGCAGCAGUAGUAGGUCCCAGUUCCAGCAUUUUUUGCUUAGUUUUAACUCCACAAACGACGUACAUAGGCCUUCUUUAUACAUAAAUAAAACUUAAUUUACCAUAAAUACUGUA